UAUCUCUCUCGCUUUACUACUUGACAACUCAAUCAAGGAAUUCUACCAUCUAAUUAAUCUUUUGGCGAGUUUUAAUUCCUCCAUAAUUAACUACAAUUCUUGAUAACUCGGACAAUUUUACAGUCUGAGUUUCACUUAAAAAUCUUGUUUUUGCUGAUUUUUAAACUGAAUUUAGUAAGAACCGAUUUUUUUUUGGUAUUAAAUAAUUUAGGAAACGGAAUUGGGGUUUAAGGGUUUAAUUGUUUGAACAGAAUUUGAAUUGUGAUACGGCAAAUGAUGGUUGUAUUGUUCAACGGUUGUAUACUUUGGAAAUUUUACACAGUUUUAGAUAGUAAGUUUUGCAUUGAUGAAAGUUUUUAUUUCUGGAUCUUCCAAAUUUUCAAUAGGUACACUUUAGGUACUUAGUUAUUGGAAUUUAACUCUGGUCUGGUUUUAAUUUUGCUCUAGUUUUAGUCUAUAUUAUUUAUUUUUGUGUUUUCAUUUAUCAUCGAAGACUCGAAUUUUUAGUGUGAGUUGAGAUGGGUUUUUCAUCAUUACCACCUGGUUUUAGGUUUCAUCCUACUGAUGAUGAAUUAGUAAGUUAUUACUUGAAGAAGAAAGUUGAGGGACAAAACUUUGAUCUCGAAGUCAUUCCGGUUAUCGAGCUUUAUAAGUACGAACCUUGGGAAUUACCAGAUAAGUCAUUCCUUCCAAAGAGAGAUAUGGAAUGGUUCUUUUUCUGUCCGCGUGAUCGAAAGUAUCCAAAUGGAUCACGAACAAAUAGAGCAACAAAAGCUGGAUAUUGGAAAGCCACUGGAAAGGAUCGCAAAAUAGUCUGUCAGUCGGAAGGAAUAACUGGUUUCCGGAAAACAUUAGUCUUUUACCGUGGAAGGGCCCCUGCUGGUGAUAGAACUGACUGGGUAAUGCAUGAAUAUCGCCUAACUGAUGAUAUUCCACAAGGAUCAUCUGGCUCUCAGGGAGCUUAUGCUUUGUGUCGAGUAGUUAAGAAGAAUGAGCCCGGUCAGAAAUAUGGUGAAUUCCAUGGAGAAUCGAACUCCAAGUGGGUUGGAGGCCUUCCUUCCACUGUAAACGCCAACUCAUCUGCAUUUCAAAGCGGCCUCUCUAGCACCUCUGGCGACAAUACUUCUCACUUUAGUAGUCCUAACAAUGGGAGUAAUUAUUUGACUCCUGCAGCUUCUCCUUACGAUAGCAGAAUGACAGUGAAUUUUGGUCUAACUUCAGUUGACACCGGGGUAACAAACGAAUGGAUGUCCUCUGAUCUAAUACUCGAUACUUCAAAGGCUGGCCCAUCCGGUGAUGCAUCUGAGUAUUUACAGGAUUACGAAUCUACAAACCAGAUAACUUCUUGGAGCCAAUGUCAAACUGAUUCAAAAGAAAUUAUGCCAACUCCAUCCUAUUCAAACUUUAUGGCGGAAGUUGAACCAACGUAUGAUUUUGCUCAAAACAAUAUGUCAUCUUACUUGGGAGAAAUGAACUACAUGGGAUUUUAUGGGGAGGAAGAUUCAACCUAUCCAACCUUAGGAACAACCGACUCAUUAAGAAAUUUGAACUAUACUAUGAAUGGUUUCGAAGCUUGGAAUCCUACUGGACCUAAUCCUAUUUGCAGACAAACUAGCGGAGAUGGUAGUCUGGUUGAGCUGGCAAAUUCUUGGAUGCAAGAGGAGAUAGCAUGGUGAUUGUGAUACAUUCAUGUCAUAAUCUAAGGCAACACCUUUAACGAUUGCUCUUAGAGUAACAUAAAAAGCAUUUAGUACUUAUAUUUUGAUUAUACGUAUAAUAAGGAGGAAAUAUCCAUGCCAAGAUCACUUUUAACGAUCCCGCGUUUGGAGAUAUAUCAACCAUGAAUAGCAUUAUUGUACAUUCAUGAACUGGCCUUAUAGUGUUAAAGACUCAUGAACUGGCCUUCUCUUAGAGAAGUCAAUGCUUGUAGGCUGUACUGUACUUUUGUGUUAAGAAGAUUUCUGUACUUUUCGUUAUCACAUGUUUAUGUAAUUUGUCGUUUGGUACUUGGGUUUUAAUCAUGAACCUACCAAAUGAGACUUUUAAAA